GCAGUCGCUUCCCUGAGCCGGAGCGGAGCUGGCGGAGAGAUGGCCUCCCAGCCGCCGCCGCCCCCCAAACCCUGGGAGUCUCGCAGAAUUCCCGGGGCCGGCCCCGGGCCGGGCUCCGGCCCCGGCCCCACUUACCAAUCUGCUGAUUUGGGCCCUACUUUAUUGACAAGACCUGGACAACCAACACUUACAAGAGUGCCCCCGCCUAUUCUUCCCAGGCCAUCCCAGCAGACAGGGAGCAACAAUGUAAACACUUUCAGACCUGCUUACAGUUCAUUUUCUUCUGGAUAUGGAGCCUACGGAAAUUCAUUUUAUGGAAGCUAUAGCCCUUAUAGUUAUGGAUACAAUGGUUUGGGCUUUAACCGCCUCCGUGUAGAUGAUCUUCCUCCCAGUAGGUUUGUUCAGCAAGCUGAAGAAAGCAGCAGAGGUGCAUUUCAGUCCAUUGAAAGUAUUGUGCAUGCAUUUGCCUCUGUCAGCAUGAUGAUGGAUGCUACCUUUUCAGCCGUCUAUAACAGUUUCAGGGCUGUAUUGGAUGUAGCAAAUCACUUUUCCCGGCUAAAAAUACACUUUACAAAGGUUUUUUCAGCCUUUGCAUUAGUUAGGACUAUAAGAUAUCUUUAUAGACGGUUACAGUGGAUGAUGGGUUUAAGAAGAGGCUCUGAGAAUGAGGACCUGUGGGCAGAAAGUGAAGGAACUGUGGCCUGCCUUAGUGCUGAGGACCAGGCAACUAACUCAGCAAAAUCUUGGCCAAUAUUCCUGUUCUUUGCUGUUAUCCUUGGCGGUCCUUAUCUCAUCUGGAAACUUCUAUCUACACACAAUGAUGAAGUAACAGACAACACCAACUGGGCAAGUGGUGAGGAUGACCACGUAGUUGCAAGAGCAGAGUACGAUUUUGUUGCCGUGUCUGAUGAAGAAAUUUCUUUCCGUGCUGGUGAUAUGCUAAAUUUAGCCCUCAAAGAACAACAACCCAAAGUGCGUGGUUGGCUUCUGGCUAGUCUUGACGGUCAAACAACAGGACUUAUACCUGCAAAUUAUGUCAAAAUUCUUGGUAAAAGAAGAGGCAGAAAAACAAUAGAAUCGAGUACAAUGCUCAAGCAACAACAGUCUUUUACCAACCCAACAUUAAUUAAAGGAGUCACUACCACCAAUCCUUUGGAUGAACAGGAAGCUGCCUUUGAAUCUGUUUUUGUUGAAACUAAUAAGGUUUCCAGUGCACCUGAUUCUACAGGGAAAAAUGGAGACAAACAAGAUCUUUGAUGUGUUUCAUGUUUGUGGGCAGGUGAACAAUAUUUUAGAGUAUUUUAAAAAAUCAUUUCUUACAGAGAAAUUAAUUUGCAGUUGAAUGAAAGCAUUUGCUCGUGGCUGUGCCGAGUGUUCUGCUGCUAGAAGUUAUGUAGUCACACGCUAGCUGCUAGUCAAGUGAUCUGUCUACACUUGACUGUCUUGUGGACCACGAGGACAUUUGUUUCACCUAGUUUUUAAGAUUAUGGAGAUAGUUGUCAGCUCCAUCUUAUCUCAGUCCCUAGGCUUAUUGGAACAGUAAAUUUGAUGAACAGUAGAACACACAAGCUGCCUCAGAAGGGAUCAUUAACGCUUCUUAAAGUUCUGAGUUAGUUGACUUGAAGUCUUCAAAAAUUGAGUGAUAACAUCUACUUAUAAGAACAGACAAAAGGCUAAUUUUUUUAACCUUAUAAAUAAACUAAAUAAUAAAAAUUUUCUCAUCUGUAUUAUGUCCAGUGUUGAAUUUACUUUAGGUGAUGUGUUUUUACCAGCAAAUAAUUGAUAGUAUUAUCUUUUAUUGUAUUUAUAAAAGUGUGUUCUUAAGAGGUCACUGGAGCACUGUGAAGAAGAUGGUUCUGACUGACAGCUUCUUAACCUCCUUACAGUGUCACAGAUCUCAUCCUGAGCGAGUCACAAUAUAUAGCUAGAUCUCAUCCUGAGCGAGUCACAAUAUAUGGAUUUUUGUUCUUUUCCUCCAACUAAGGCAGGAGUCCUUUAAGAUUAUACUUAAUGAUAUAAUCAAUUCUGGCAGUAAUGAUUUUUAAUCCUGAAUUUUCUGCUUCUAUAUAAGAUAAUUACUUUUGUAAAUUCCAAAAUCAGGUUAUACAUUAAAUAUUUGAAAUAUGUCUGUCGGGGUUGGGGAUUUAGCUCAGUGGUAGAGCGCUUGCUUGCAAGGCCCUGGGUUCGGUCCUCAGCUCUGGAAAGAAAAACACAAAAUAACAAAAGGACCAAAAAAACCCAAGGUAACUGAAAUAUGUCUGUCACAUUGGAUAGAUUUCUUGUGGUUUUCACUACUGAGACUAUAAUUUGCUUGCUAUUUCAAAUACGAUGACUUUUUGUUUGGUUGUUUUUUUUUGCUUAAUAGUGAAUUUUAUGUGUUUCCCCAUAGAAUUGGAAGCUUUAUACGCUUGCUGUGAAUAUACUACAGAUUAGAACUGUCAGAAAUAAAUCACAGAAUUCAUUUAUAGACACUACUAACAGCUGUGGGUUUUGAUAAAAAGUGAUUUGGGUUUUGCUUCUUUCAUAUAGAUAGGUUUAUCAAAUAAAUAAUUCUGGAGGAGUUCAUAUUAAACCAUGUCUAACCCAAUAUCUGCUCAGAACAGAAGCACUAAAGACUUCCUAGGAAGCCCUUUUUUGAAAUGACAAUAUAAUAAGUAAUGUAUCUUUUCAUCUUAAGAUAGAGAGAAGCAUUUACGGUACUCAUUUAUCUUUUAGGCUGAUUUUUCUGACAUUCAGUAGUAACUUUUCAGUUGAGAAAGGGGGUUGAAUAAUCUACCACUGAGGCAUGGCCCUGACUCUCAAAGGUUUUAACAAAUAUUUACUUCUGACUUGAGAUGCCUGAACUUUUCUCAUGUCUAAAUGUUACUCCAGACAUCUAGACUAAGCACUAGGAGUAAAGUAGAAAUAAAAUGUUGAGUCAGCACUAUUUAGGUUUGGGGUGUUGUUUUGUUUUAGAAGAUGAGCUUUAAAAUAGGAUUUGUGACUAAUAUUUCAGUUGUAUAGGAAAGAGCUUAGACAAAUAAAUGAUAAAACUUUCUUUUAGGGUCUUUAUUGUUUGGCUGUCUAUGCUAGAUUAUAUAGUAUUAACCUAAUAACUACCUGUGUCCAUUCUUUUUUAUUUGUUUGUUUGUUUGUUUGUUUGUUUGUUUCAAGACAGGGUUUCUCUGUAUAGGCCUGGCUGUCCUGGAACUCACUUUGUAGACCAGACUGGCUUCGAACUCAGAAAUCUGCCUCCCAAGUGCUGGGAUUAAAGGCAUGCGCCACCA